AUGGGUGGUUGUGCUCUAGAAACAUGGGAGAGUGGAGCACUUCUAGCUUCAAUGCCAAGAAUUCCAGCUGUGAUAUCCAUGACCACAUGCAAGAGACACGAAAAUAUGGCUGCUCCUCUAUUCAUGUUUGGGAGAAUUGAAACUCUCUCUGUUCUAGUUGGAUUGUUGGCAAGAGCUGCUGGAAUCCGUUGGUGGUUUAAAACAGAAAGCCAUGCUGCAGAGCUUACUUCAGGAUAUUACAACUUAUAUAAUAGAGAUGGAUACAGACCCAUAGCAAGGAUGCUUUCCCGACACAAUGCUAUCUUAAAUUUUACUUGUCUUGAGAUGAGCAACAAGUUGAGGCCCAAAGUGGAGCUCAGGAACUUGUCCAACAGGGCAGGCUGGAUGAAGAACCUUGAAGUUGCAGGGGAAAAUGCACUUGCAAGAUAUGACCCUGUAGCUUAUAACCAGAUGCUUCUAAAUGCUAGACCGAGCAAUCGGGACCAUCCAAGAUCAAAAUUGUAUGGCUUGACAUACCUCCGUUUAUCAAAAGAGUUAAUGCAGCAAAAAUACUUUGAUAUAUUCAAAGCCUUUGUAAGAAAGAUGCAUGCAAUUCUGGGUCAGUGUCCAGAUCCAGAGAGGUAUUGUUAUUUCAUAGGAUCAGAGCCAAAGAUUCCAUUAGAGGUGCUUCUUGAAGCAACCGAACCAUUGGAGCCAUAUCCAUGGUGCAAGGAAACAGAUUCAAGCAAGAGUGAGGUUAUUGCCUUUCUUGAUUACAUAAUUGCUAUUAUAUUACGUAUAUAUUCCGACUAA